AUGGCAGAGCCUCCAUCCUCUCCGCCAGGUCCUGGGGCCAGCGUCGAGGAUACCCUUGGCUGGUACAAGUCACAGUAUGAACAAUUAGAAUCCGAACUGGCCGAAUUCAGGGAUUCAAGUAGGGAGCUUGAGCAGGAGUUGGAGAAGGAUAUCGAGAGAGCAGAGAAGCAGGAGCGACAUCACCAAGAAAAAGCCGAAGCACUUGGUUUCGAGGUUGAGGAGUGGAAGAGAAAAUACAGAGAGUCGAAAACAGAGGCCAGCGCAUCCCAGAAUGCACUCGAGAAGGAAAUCACCACACUUCGAGACACAAACAGGACUUUGCAAAUGAAGCUGAGGGAUAUUGAAGUUGCCAACGAUGACUUUGAGCGACAGGCGCGCAACACCACGUCAUCUCUGGAAGAUAUGGAGUCAAAGUACAACCAGGCGAUUGAGAGGGCUGUCAUGAUGGAAGAGGAGAUCAAGAUUGGCGAGCAGGAGCGUGAACAGCUACGUAUCGAGUCACAGCGCUUGCGCGAGGAACUGGGCGAUCUCAAGAUUGAAGCAGAGCUUCUGCAGGACAAGAUCAAGAAACAGGAGUCUCGUCACCUGUCCACCAUUUCAACCGACCUUUCUAUCCUCGAGUCGCCAACUUUCGACCACCCCGCCUCUCCUGGCUCUACAGCCAGCUCUCCUCUCAUUACCACGCCUCCAGAUUCCAAGUCGCCCGUACCAGACGAGGACACUCUCUCCGAACUUCCUGACCCGCCUUCGCCUCCCAUGUCCGACGUCUCUGGAACUCUUCCCAAGAUGGCAUCGAGAACUCCGGCUACUUCCAGAGCAUCCGGUCGUUCUCGUUUGCCCUCAUCGGACAACAGCAUCACUCCCAAACCUCGAUCUAAGCCUCCUACCAAGACGACCCGUGCGCCUGGUAGCCGUAUCUCAACUGGUGGCACAACGACAAUGCGCACGCCAGCCAACCGUGCCGUUGGGCCUCGCUCGGCUUCUCACAAACUUCCCGCCUCUAACUCACUCACCCAUAUUCGAACCCUUACCGCCCAGAUGCAACGCCUCGAGGCUCGUGUGCACUCCGCGCGAUCUAAGCUUCCCGGGCCGACUCGCACUCCACCUCGCGCCUCACCUCGAACGUCGGUUUAUAGCUCUACCAAUGUGCCUUCGUCGGUUACGAUCCGUUCUCGUAAGCGCACUGGUGGCUCUACCGCAUCUUCGGUUGCAGGCGACGACAUGACACCAACCACCGGUAUUCCAACACCAGCAACCAAGGGAAGCCACGUGCCCCGUCUUAGCACGUCUGGGGUCAGUCGCUUAUCAUUUGGCCCAUUGCCGAACCGUGGAGGUCCGGAGGAGAUCAGCAGGCCGAGCUCACGUGCUAGUGUCACUUCGUAUGCCCGACCACCCUCACGAACCGCCGGAGAAAUGAUCCCACGACCUGUUUCAAGGGCAUCACUCUCAGGAACUCGAACACCCAUGGGCCGACCCCGCUCCUCGAUGGGAGGGUCGAUUCAUGGCCACUCUGCCAGCAUUAGCCACCUGGACCUAGAAGAAGAGGACGAGGGAGAGUUCCGAACGCCAAGCCGCAGGGGUACAUACUCGAACGGUGAAGGCAGCGCUAUCCCUAUGCCAACGAUUCGACGCCAGAGCGGUAGCCGAAGGAUAAGCGCAAACACAAUGAGGUCCAGUGUAUCCGGCCCAAGGAAACUGAGCGACCUGGGAGAGACCUACUAA